AUGAAUUAACUACAGACUCGACAAGUGUAGAAGUUAACAAUCGACGAUAAAGUAAGUAGAUCUACCUUAUAUCCUUAGUAAAAAUUUGAAUUAUAAAAGGAAAUAUUCAUCACCAUCAGAUUAAUUGAUAUGGUAGAAAAGUGUGCAUAAUUGGCUGAUGACAAAAUAACCCCAGAAAAACACUCCCAGGAAAUCACAAAGUUGAUCGAAAGAUACAAGAACUUCACCUCCAAAAUCGACAAAUACGAUCUCAACUCAUUCAUCAAGGUUUAUAUCUUCAUUCUACUCAUCAGGAAUAUGGACUAGAAGAUUGCAAAUUCGGAAUCGACAGAAUAAACAAAGGCCCUCCCCAAAUCAAACAAGGCAACAGAAUUCAAUUGGUCGUCGACAUCAUGCAAAGAUUCUAUUUAAUGCAAGACAUCAUCCUCGAAAACAAGGACAACCCAAAAACAUAAAUCUUCAAACCCAUUGUCGAUUAGUUGAUAAUGUUCCUCAACAGAGCCAAAACAGAACUCCCCCCCUAUAAAUCAUAUUUAGAAGAUUUACAAUAAUUGUAAUAUAACCCAAUCUCAAUUUAGUUCCAAACAACAUCUUGAAAACUAGAUUAUCGGAGUCAUACCCGAAGAUGAAUUUCAAAAGUUCGAAAGCAUUAUAGAUUUGGCAUAACAGAGUUUUAUGACAUCCCAUUCAUAACAAUGAGCUUAAUUGUCU